CUGUGACGUCACAGCUAUAACGAACCAUGCAGUAGUCGGAGCUGUCCGAUGGUUAGGCAGGGAGUGUAAUGUUUAUAUCAUAUCACCGACAUGUUACCAGGAUUCCAAGCAUUAUGAAGAAAUUAGCAUAUUUGUGUACGAUUAGUUUGUUCCUUUGGUCUGCGUCUGAAGCAAUAUUACAGGAUGUUCUAGACAAGUUCAAAGAUGAUGGCUAUGAGCCAAUUACUAACGGAUUAGGCUGUACCUAUAUUUAUAUGGCAAAUUCAUUGCAGUUCAAGAAACCUGCAUAUAACUUUACAGAUAAUACAAAAUUACAGGAGUUACAGAGUCAGUGUGAAAGUCUGGAUAACAGUCACUGGAAUGGUACACUUUGUGUCUGUAACCACGGUUGGUAUAAGAAUAUAUUGACUGCCCAAUGUGAUAAAUGCGUACCAUGUUGUGAUAGUGAUGUACAAACCGUUAUUGCAUGUGUUAACCAAAAGCUUGUGAAAGAUGUGUGUAGUAAAGUAAAACCGUGUGAUCAUGAGGGACCCACACCUAGAAGACAAUUUUGGGAUUGGAAAACUAAGCAACCAUAUCUUGUUAUAGGCGGAGGAGUUCUUGUAUUGACUGUGAUAGCAAUAGGUGGAUGGAAACGACAUAAAAUCAAAAGAGCACUAUGUUGUACCAAAUAUGGUGUGGAAGUUGUUGAUGGUGAUGAUAACCUGCUACCAUAAUCCAUACAGUUCUACAGGGUAACCAUUUCACCGCCAUCAAGUACAUCUCUAUUGGUUUCAUGUCCAAGUUUGGAUAAAUCUGUAAAUAAUGACAUUUCUUGUAACGCUCUAAGUAGAUGAAAUGGUGGCAUGAUGGAUGAUAUCUGUAUAUAAGGGUGUAUCUGUUUAUGUAUAUGUUGUUCUGUUAUCAUAAUAUACCGGGUGCAAUCUAUUAUAUUUAGUUUUUGGUAAUGGCCAAAAUCUGUUUUGCACUUUAGGGCAUAGUUUACUGCAUGGCAUGACUGCAUGUACGUUUUAAAACAAGUGAACUGAUAUAUUUCAGGGAUACAUUGUCAUAGCAUCACAUCGUCAAUGAUAUGGAUCACCUUAUUAUCAUGCAUUUUUAGAAGUAAGUAUUAGUAAUCUAUGCAAACUCAAACUCGGGAAUCAACUCUAUUUGUUAUAACAAAAAAGGAAGAUUCAUUAGAAUCCUGUAUGAUGCUUUUUAGUCCCCGUUCGGACGCAGUCCGAAAACGGGAACUUAUGU